GACUUGUCCUGCAAAAAUCAAACAUGGUUGUUUCUUUUUAAAACCAUAAUUACAUUUAAAAAAAUAAGUCAAUUAUACUCUUAAAAUAAGCAUACAAAUCUUACUAAUACUGCUUGAUGAUAGUGAUGUUAACUGACUUGUUCCUAAGGUUUCUGUUAAAUGCUUUUAAACUAGUUGAAAGUAGAAGGUGCAAUCUUGCUGUAGAAAUAUCACAGGCAAUUAUUAAAAAUAUUAAUCACAUCAAUCAAAAAAUGCUUUCAUAGCUCAAUCUGCAUCUGUGUCUCUUGCUUUACCAAACUUUUUUCACUAACUCACUGUAAGUAUUUUCUUUAGAAUUCUGAAAUACAGUUGUUUUUUUCUUCUAGUGGGAUUUCAGAUGCUUUGAAUUUAAUUUGAUCCUUUGAGGUGCACACAUAGACAUGGUACUGAUGCAGCAAACACUUGAAUAGCAGAGCGGACUCUGCUAAAAUCUUGCCGUUUUUAAGCAAGGCAGCAGCAAAUCACUUAAGUCAUAUGAAGAUAGUUCAGAGGUACAGUAGUUGGGGGCAGAGGGGGAUGGGUAGGAGAGUAUAGAUGCAACUUUUCAAUGAUUUUCUGCCCCUUCUCUCAAGAAACUGAGGAUUUGAAACUGGUUUGCCAGGUAGUGAAUACCUAAUCAACAUAAAAUGUUACCAUACAAUUUACUAUUUCUGCUUCUUGAGUAAGAGUUUCGCAGUUGCAGUAAAUGCAGAGUUGUGGGGCUUUGUCUCUUUUAGCACUAACAUCUGAAAUUACUGAUUAGUACUAAUGAGAGAGACUGUAAAAAAAAAAAGGUUGGCUUUUUUCCUAUAACAAAUUUGAUUUGUUAACAAUACCACUUUAUAAACUCAAUAAGAGAAUGCUGAGAAAAUGAUGUGAAACAAAGUGCCUGUUCUUGGAUGUUUUGGUUGCAUUCCUUCUCUGGAACCUGUGCUUAAUCAAUGUCUAAAUACAUUGGGAAGGUACACAGUGCUGUUGGGUAGGACAGAAAAGGUCCUAAAAUCACACAUGCGUAACAAUGCAUUGUUCCUUGUAAUGCCUAUAGUAAGUUUAUUAAAAUAGGGGUGAUACCAGUAUUGGAAUUUCUUCAAAAUAAAUACUGCCUGUUUAUAUCUAGCUUUUUCUCUUCCUUUCACUUCCUGGGUAGGUAGAAUAUUUUGAUGCAAGAGUGAUCGUAAGUACAAAAGUGAUUGCUUUGUAGAAUUAAUCACCCUCAGAGGAUUCUUGAGAUGACCAUUGAAUGAUUAUGGAGCACUUGCAUGUAUGUAGCUUAUACAUAAAAGCAGUAGUUUGUCACAGAUGUAAUAGGGAGAAUUAGGGAGAAGACAACAUGAAGAAGGUAUCUACAGGUGUGGUCACUUCAAUUAAGGUAUGUGUGAAGCCAGGUGCAGUCUCUGAAAUAGUUGAACAUUAGUUGUGAUUUCACAGUUGUGGAAGUGGAAAUGCAGAGAUUCAGGACCUGAAUUCUAGAAGUGCUGAAUAAUUGCUGUUUCUGCUGAUUGAUAACAUCAUUACAUUGCAACACUCCUAAAAGUUGGGUACUGAGGAAAACCCAGAGAGAAAAUUUGCUUUCUUGGUUGCAACCCUCUUUUAGAUGUCAAACUCUGGCCUUUCUUCCCAUCCCAGUCUAUGUGCGUUGUCCAUUUUUAAUUCUCCUUUCCUGUUGGAGAUCAAGAUACAUGUUUGACUUAAUUGGAAUUUCUUUUUACAGCCUUGCAACAAGACUGGAUUAACAGUUGAAUUAUCCAUGCACAACUUCUUCAAAAGUACUUCAUAUUUUAGCUAGACUUGGGAGCAGCAAUAGGAGGAAACACUUCUGUUUUAUGGGGUGCCAUUAAUGGAAUAUGCAUUGUAUAGGGACAAUUGCAAGGGGACAAAUUAAUCACAGAUUAUUUAUUUAACAAAGUACAUUAUUGAUGUUACACUUGUGUGACUUUUUGCAAACAUAUAGCAACUAAUAGGUGCAAAUUGGUAUUAGCAUAUUUAAACUGAUGCAGAAACUACUGCUUUCUUGGUCUGUAGGCCAUUUAGCAAGAAAGACAAUUUAUUAAGUAUUCAGGACUGGCUUAUUGGCUUAUUUUUAUGGAAAACAUGAAAUAGAAAUGUAUUCCCCUGGCACAAUGUGCACACUCAGUAAAUGCCUGAUAACAGCAUGGUCACCUUCUUGUUUGUAAUUUGCAUUCAGUUGGUGAAACUAGUUAAGGACAGUCUGCUUCAUGUGUGUAGGUAAAAUGUGUAUGACUUUGAACUGAAUGUUUGUAGAAGCCUGUAAUUGUAGGAACGCUGGGAUGCUGUAGCACUUAAAGGAAGUGUGACUACCACUGCGUCACAUAAGAUGAACAGGUCAAGAAGCUUUCUCCCCUGUUUAAAGUUCUGUGUUUAAAGUUUUCUCUCUGAUUUCUCAAGAGAGCUUAGCUGAAAAAAUCAGUCAACUCGUUUUUUUCUGUUAUUCUGGGUGGUGUUCUAAUGACUUUAAACAGUUACUUAAUACCAGCCAAGAUAGCAGCUGAUCAGAAAGUUUUGUUUAAAAUCUUAAAAGUUGUAUUAUACCCAUUGAAUAAGUUUAGGAUACACUAUAUCGGGGAAAAUAGGAAUAAAAAUGCUACUGUUUUGAUUUUUAUUUACAUAUAUAGAUAUUUCUUAUAUAUGGUGGGGGGUGUAUAUAUGUAUAAAAACAUCUUUUGAAAUGCUUCUUUACUACAUGUUUACUAUUAGUACAUUCUUGGUUUGAAUUUUUUUUUCUUUUUGUCUUUUUUGUUGUUGUUGGUUUGGUUUGGUUUUAGAGUUUCCAUUAGCAGUACUGUCUGGUUAUCAUUAAGAACCACAGGUUGAAGUGUUUCCCUAGAAUCUCCGAGGUAUAAAUGAAUAAGAGCUGCAAUCAAACCAUCCAACACAUCUGUUUCAGGGUGGUGUUUUAAUAUUUUGAUGUCAGAAUGAUGAGCAGGACACCUCUCAUUCUUCUAGCUUGUGGCUCCUUUAACCCCAUCACAAACAUGCAUAUGCGUUUAUUUGAGCUGGCUAGAGAUCACCUGCAAAAAACAGGAAGGUAUCAGGUGAUUGAAGGCAUAAUGUCUCCUGUUAACGAUGACUACAGAAAGAAAGGCUUGGUUUCAGCAAGGCACCGGAUAGCAAUGGCUAAACUAGCACUGGAGACAUCUGACUGGAUUCGAGUUGAUCCAUGGGAGAGUGAGCAGGAGACAUGGACAGAGACAGUAAAAGUAUUAAGGCACCAUUACAAUGAAUCACUCAGAUUGCUCCAGUCCAAGAAGGAAUUCAUGAAAAACAAAUGGCCCAUAGAAAGAUCUACAGAGGAUCCCCUUUCUUACCAGCACUCAGUUCUACCAGAAUUAAAGCUGCUCUGUGGGGCUGAUUUUCUACAGACGUUUAAGACCCCUAAUCUCUGGAAGGAAGAACACAUCAAAGAAAUAGUGGAAAAGUUUGGUUUGGUCUGUAUUAGCCGUGCUGGCUCUGAUCCAGCUCAGUAUAUCAGUGAAUCAGACCUUUUAACUCAAUUUCAGCACAAUAUCUUUCUGGUGAAAGAAUGGAUUCAGAAUGAAAUCAGUGCGACACAGAUACGCUAUGCCUUGUGCAGAGGAUUAAGUGUAAAAUAUCUCAUACCAGAUUCUGUUAUAUCCUACAUUGCACACCAUAAUAUCUACACAGAAGAGAGUGAGCGGAAGAAUGAAGGUGACUUGCUUCAGCCUCUUAAGUUGCAUAACACAACAGUAAACCCACUAAAUGACUGACGUCUGUAGUGUGUGAAGUGGACAGACCUGGCCUUUUUUCAUGUAAAGUUCUUGAGAAAAUUGUUUCUUGCUAAUGAGGGGAAAGUACAUCAGUCCAAAAUUUCUUGAAUUCAUGUGGUGUUUUAAUUUCAUGGUUUUGUGUGUGCUAGUGCACAAGCAAAUUGGGAUGCUCAGCUGCAUAGCUUAAAAUACAUAAACAGCUUCCUUGUGAAAAUAAAAGAAAUAAGAUCCUAACAAUAAAUAUUAAUCUCCAGUAAUACUUAAGGGUCAAACAUAGUACUUUUCUGAAUUGUAAUUCUGUAAUCCUACAGACAAUUUUAGUAUGAAGAUGCCUUACUCUUCUGAAGCAGCAAAAAAAAAUGAACCAUAACACUUCUUUUU